AUGACAGUGGCCCUUGAUAAAGCUUCCAUGCCUGGCAUUGACGAGAACUUUCUCAAGCUGAGUGACCCGUCAUGCUCGCUCACCUCCAACAGCACUCACAUCAUGGGUGCAAUGUCCUUCAGCACUUGUGGGACAAAAAUUGAGGAUAAAGGUGAUUAUAUAAUUUUCAAGAAUGAGAUCAACUCCUUUGAGCUGGCUAACGAAGUUAUAACUCGAAGGAAGACAGUUAAAAUCGGUUUCUCAUGCCAGUUUCCCAAAGCCAUCAGCAUCUCCAAUUACUACAAUCUCCACAACGCUGACUACAUUUUCACCGAGUCCAACUUCGGAAGCUUUGGCUACACUUUUGAAAUUUUCCACAACAGCAACUUUACAAAUAGAGUGGAGGCUAGUGCCUAUCCAGUACAAGUCAAGCUGCUGCAGACUAUUUUUAUGGGCAUUCAAGCUAGUUCAGAAUUACCAAACGUGAUGUUGUUUGUUGAGUCAUGCAAAGCCACUCCUGAUAACAACCCUGAAAACAGCCUCUCGUACUACAUCAUCAGGAAUGGGUGUGUAGAAGACGAGACAGUAACAAUUUACUCAUCUAAUCAAACUGCAUUCAACUUCGGAGUUCAAGCCUUUAAAUUUACUGGAAACUAUGACCAGGUGUACAUCACUUGCUCUGUGAUCCUGUGUGAGCCUGAGAGUCCCUUUUCCAGAUGUGCCCAGGGAUGUCUGAAGGAUCCAUCACGCAGACGUAGGCGAGGCCUGAGCAGGGAGACAGGUAGCCACUACAUUACCCAGGGCCCUCUACAGUUUGUUGGGCAGCCUUUUCCUGAUACAGCAGAGAACAGUCAGGAUGUUCUGAUGGAAAGGAGCGGCACGCUUCCAGAAGUGAGUCCUCCACCAGCUUCUCCAGGCACAAAAUCAAGUGAGGAAGGUUGGGAAAUGAGGAAGAUCUUCAGCUCCAACAUCUCGACCGCAGUCUUUGCCAGUGCCUUCUUAGUGUCAGUGGUGCUGAUGGGCAUUAUGGCUCGUUACUACGGGAAGAACAGAAGAGCAGAAGACCGCAAAGUUCUCAUAGCUUCAGAAUGGGAGAACUAA